AUGGAGUGCCUUCCAUGCUUUUACUUUGCUUUUUCACUGCUGCUACUCAAUACCAUCAACAUCAAGCCCUCCUCAGCCGCAAUUACACGCCCAAACUCAGCCACCGACCGAGACGCGCUCCUCUCCUUGAGAGCCGCCACCUCAGCAGACCCACAAAGCCCAUUGGCCCGAAACUGGUCAGCCGACACCUCGAAUCCCAAUAUCUGCCACUUGUUCGGUGUCUCCUGUGGGGCCCGCCACCGACGAGUCACUGCCCUGAAUAUUUCCGGUUUUGCCCUCACGGGCAGCCUUCCCCACCAGCUCUGGAACCUCACGUUCCUGACGUACUUCGACAUCAAUAUUGAACUAUGGAUGGCGUGGUCCCACUGCGGAAAACAACUCUUUGUCGGGCUCCAUGCCAUCUUCCAUCUUCAACAUACGACCAUGAUCUAUUUGGAUCUUUCUUCCAACCAAUUUUCAGGUAAGAUCCCAGCUGGUUUGUGCGAUAACCUCCCGCACUUGCAACUGCUUUAUCUGUUGGCUAAUAAACUCGAGGGUAGAAUUCCAUCUAAUAUAGACAAAUGCAGAAAGCUUGAGCGCUUGUCCUUGUCCAUUAAUCAUUUAAAUGGCGAAAUCCCUAUUGAGAUAGGAAACUUGAGUAUGCUCAGGGAGCUGUAUCUUGGGUUUAGUUUUUUGAAAGGUGGAAUUCCGGGGGAACUGGGGAGCCUCUCACAGUUGGAGAUGUUACACAUUGCUCAAGCUUCACUCCCAGGGCCCAUACCAAAUCAAAUUGGAAACUGUACUUCCCUUAAGCAUCUACGACUUGGGUAUAAUUACUUAACAGGUGAAUUGCCACUACAACUUGGUAACCUAGCAUCCCUCAAGACCUUCACAGUCUUCAGUAAUUCCUUAUCCGGCUCCAUCCCACCUUGCAUUUUCAACGUAUCAACCUUGAAGCGUCUGGAACUUUCCAGCAACCAGUUUUCUGGCCACUUGCCCCCCGGCCCAACUCGAAAUCUUGGAAAUGUCCGAAAACUCAUUCAGCAGCUACGACCCAACCUGGAAAACUUAAGACAGUUGCGUCAUCUCAAUUUUUAUAAGAAUAACUUGACCGGAGCAAAAUCCGAGGAUCAAGAACUCGGAUUCCUCUCAUCUCUAAACAGUUGCCGACAUUUGAAACGCUUGUCUUUAUCGCUAAAUCCACUUAAAGGCAUCUUCCCAUCUUCAGUCGGAAAUUUAUCCACCUCCUUGAGUUAUUUUGGGACGAGUUAUUGUGAUAUUAAGGGUGUUAUUCCUCCCGAAUUCAGAAACUUAAGCGCAUCGAACAAGCUGAAUUCAACUAUACCUUCUGGGCUCUGGAAUCUUCGUGACCUGUUGUUUCUAAAUCUGUCUUCCAACUAUUUGAGUGGUGGACUUUCGUCAGAGCUCGCGAGUUUCACAGCAAUCAGUUUUAUAGAUUUUUCGCAUAACCAGCUUUCGGGAGACAUUCCGAUCUCGAUCGACAGCUGCAGGUCAUUAGAAUCCUUGUUUCUGUCGAACAACGAGUUUGAGGGAGCUAUCCCAAAGUCCUUGGGAAACAUUAGAGGCAUGAGGGCAGUUGAUUUGUCGAGCAAUAAUCUUUCUGGGCCAAUCCCAGAGACUUUACAAGACGUCAGCCUUCUUCAAUAUUUUAAUGUAUGCAACAAUAAGCUAGCAGGCCCGGUACCCUCAGUGGGCCGUUUCAUCAAUUUCACUGCCGACUCAUUUCUCAACAAUCUUGGUCUGUGCGGUCAAGCGAAGUUUCAUGUUCCCCUGUGUGUUGAGAAGAAUUUCAGAAGAAAAAGAGCGAAGAAAAUUGUUUGGGUUCUGAAGUACAUUCUACCACCCUUCGUGUCGAUUACACUUGCUGCUGCCGUUAUAAUUUUGUUCAUCAGGCGACGGAUAUAUAAAAGAGGAGGACAAUUAAUGUUAAUUACUACUGAUGAUGAUACCUUGCUCGGAAUUGCUUGCAGAAGAUUUACGUAUAUAGAACUUUCGCGAGGUACGAAUGGUUUUAGCGAGGCAAACCUUCUCGGGAGAGGCAGCUUCGGCUCUGUUUUCAGGGGAACGCUUUCUGAUGGGUCGAACAUAGCAAUAAAAGUUUUCGACUCGAAAACAGAAAGAGUCGUUUGCAGCUUCGAAACCGAGACUGAGAUACUCAGCAAGGUUCGGCACAGGAAUUUGGUCCGAAUGGUGGGCUGCUGUAGCAACUCGGAGUUCAAAGCCCUGAUUCUCGAGUACAUGCCAAAUGGGAGCCUGGAGAAAUGGUUGUGCGCGGAUGAUCGUUACUUGAGUUUGAUGCAAAGGCUGCAGAUAGCAAUAGAAGUGGCUUUGGCCUUGGAGUAUCUUCAUCAUGGCUACACAUUUCCCAUUGUUCACUGUGAUGUGAAGCCGAGCAAUGUGUUGCUUGGUGAAGAUAUGGUUGCUUGUUUAGGUGAUUUUGGUAUAGCUAAGCUGCUUAUGCAGCACCAGAGUAUGUCAGAAAGGAAAGUGUCGACGAGCGGUGAUGUAUACAGCUUCGGCAUACUUUUGCUCGAAAUUUUCACGGGCAAAAAGCCGACAGAGGACAUGUUUGAUGGAAAAACGAGCUUAAAGGAGUGGGUCUAUGGAGCAUUGCAAAACAAUGCAGCUAAUGAAGUUUUGGCCCCUGAUUUGCUAGCAAGAGAGAGAGAAUAUUCCAGAAGAAUGUCUCUCGUCUAUUUUCACUGUGGCAAUGAAAUGUUUGGUUGUUUCGCCUAAAAAAAGAAUCAACAUGAUAGAGACAAUAGCCGAUAUGCAGAGGAUGUAAGCCAAUGUAAUGUCUGAUAAUGCUACGUAAUGAAUGAGGUUAUUAUAUUGGUGUAAAUAUUAUAGUACAGUUUCCACUUUCCAGCUUAUAUAUGAACAGGAUAUAAGAAUGGUGGCUCCAUUUCAAGUUUAAUGUGCAGCUUCAUAUAACUGAAGACUCCCCAUAUGGGUUUGAUUUGACUAACGUUUAGAAUAUUUUAUAGCUCUGUUCCUUUUGACUUUUG